AGAGCACCGAGAGAGAGAGGGAGAUACACAAGCACGUACACCGUCUCUCACUCCGCUUUCUCCUUCUCCCUCUCUCGUGCUGCUGCAUGUUGGGCGGCUGAUCGUUGGCGUGCCAGUCGCAGAUGAGUCUUUUGGCAACAGCAGGAGGACCCGCCAUGAGCAGCAGCAACAACACUUGCGAGUUGCUUCCCGACAUGGGCAGCAGCAGCCGCACCGCCGCCACCACUACCACCACCAGCAGCAAGGACCCGCCGCAGCGACAUAGCUGGAGUCGCAUGCAGAGCACCACGAGAUCAAGGGACCGGUGCGGCUUGGAGGAGUCUGACUACGCCCAGGGCGACUGGCGCAUCCCCUUCGGCUACGACUUCUCUCGGAGUACCAGCGAAAACUACCGCGUCAACAUCAACGACGAAGACGGUGGCCAGGACGCGGGCAAGGUCUCGGAGUACUACGCCGUGAGAGCGACACGGGACCACAGCUAUCACGGGCAUUACACCCGCCAGCGGCAGCUGUUCCAAGACUCCCUGGUGACCAAUGUGGUGGGGGCGUCGUCCCGGAAGGAGCACCCAUGGAUCGUCUUUACGGCGGGGGCGAUGGGUGCGGGAAAAUCCCACACCAUCAACUGGAUGUCGGAAAAGGGUUAUUUUCCCCUGCCGGACAUCGUUACCGUAGACCCCGACCUGUUCAAGGCCUCCUUUCCGGAGUGGCCCGAGUACCUCCGGCACUGCCCUGAUACGGCGGGGUCCCUCACUCGGCGGGAGAGCGGCUACCUGGUCGAGAUUGCUCAGGAGGUGGCGAUGAGUCAGAUGAAGAACGUCUGGGUUGACGGGUCGCUCCGCGACAGCAAGUGGUACGAACAAGUCUUCGAAGACAUCCGCAAGAACCACCCGAAGUACCGCAUCGCGAUCUUGUACGUGCACGCGAGCGAGGAGCAGGUGCUGGAGAGGGCUAGGAGACGAGCGGAGGAGACGGGCAGGGUUGUGCCGGAGGCGGAGAUCAAGGACUCGCUCUACCGCGUGCCCCGGACCGUGGCGAUGCUUAUGCCCAGGGCGGAUUUCGUGGCGCACAUCAAGGUUCUCACCGUACCAGGCUCUCACAUCACCAAGCGCGAAGCGCCGUGA